AGAUCCUUUUUUUGCUACUUCCACCUUUUCCUUGUGAAUUUGGCUCAUGUGAUUUGAUCAUGUGAUAACAAAAUGGCAGACAAGUUGAUGUGAUUGUUGGUCUUCAUACGGAAACAAAAAUCAUGAAGAAAAAGGUUUUAUUGAUGGGCAAGAGUGGAUCUGGCAAGACUAGUAUGAGAUCCAUCAUCUUUGCCAAUUACAUUGCCCGUGACACAAGGCGACUUGGUGCAACUAUUGAUGUUGAGCAUUCACAUGUUAGAUUCCUGGGUAACUUGGUAUUGAACUUAUGGGACUGUGGUGGACAAGAGGCUUUCAUGGAGAAUUAUUUUGCUAGUCAAAGAGACAAUAUAUUCAGAAAUGUAGAAGUAUUAAUUUACGUGUUUGAUGUAGAAAGCCAUGAGCUUGAGAAGGAUAUGCAUUACUAUCAGUCAUGUUUAGAGGCUAUAUUACAGAACUCACCAGAAGCCAAAGUCUUCUGCCUCGUACACAAAAUGGACUUGGUACAAGAUGACCAGAGAGACUUGGUAUUUAAAGAAAGAGAAGAAGAUUUAAAAAGGUUAUCAAAACCUCUGAACUGUACAUGCUUUGCCACUUCUAUAUGGGAUGAAACAUUAUACAAGGCUUGGUCCAACAUUGUUUAUCAGUUAAUACCAAAUGUACAACAGUUAGAGAGUAUGUUGGCUAAUUUUGCUAACAUCAUUGAUGCUGAUGAAGUCCUCCUCUUUGAAAGGGCUACUUUUCUGGUAAUCUCCCACUGUGAAAGAAAACCACAUAGUGAUGUCCAUAGAUUUGAAAAGAUUAGUAACAUAAUCAAACAGUUCAAACUAAGCUGUAGUAAGUUAGCAGCAACAUUUCAGAGCAUGGAAGUAAGAAACUCAUGUUUCUCUGCAUACAUAGAUCUGUUUACCUCAAAUACCUAUAUUAUGGUGGUCAUGUCAGAUACCACAAUACCUUCAGCAGCAACUUUAAUCAACAUUAAAAAUGCUAGAAAACAUUUUGAGAAGUUAGAGAGAUCAGAACCUGGACAUCAUACCAUUGGAGCAAGUAUAAGCAGUCAUAUGCAAGCAGAAUAGUGACAAGCUGUAAAUAAAGGGAUGCACUUCUAGAAUGGAGUAAAAUAAAUUAUACCAGGACACUCCAAAAAGACGGAAUUAUUAUUAUACCACCAUGACCACAUUGAUUAGCACAGAAGAUUAAGAGAAGCCAUAAGACAUUAUCUUCAAGGGACCAGAUAUAUCGAUGUGGACUGAUAAUAACUUAAAUUAUUUCUUUAUUUGAAAGGAGUGAAUUGAUAUGUUAUAUUCUGUAUAAAUGAUGAAAUAGAAGAUUGGAUUUUACAUGAUGUCAAUAAAAAUAAGAAGAUAU